AUGGUCCAGGACCACGGAGUUAGUAACAGAGGAUUCGCUUAUGUUACCUACAUGAACAGCACUCUAGCACGAAAAGCGAUGAAAGAACUCAGCUCAAAAGUGUUUCUAGGCACUACAGUAUUAUCAAUGGAACUAUCCAUCGACAACUGCAGAAUAUUCAUCGGAGGAUUACCAGUGCAUAAGACCAAGAAAGAAAUCUGGCAUCAACUUAUCGAACUUUACAAUGUGACAAACAUCGUGAACGUGAUAGUCUACAAGAACUACUUUAAUAGUUCUUACAAUAGAGGAUUUGUGUUCUUAGAGUUCGGAACCCACGAAGAGGCCUCUCAUUUUCGUGCAAAAUUCCAAGAUAAGCUGGCGUUGUUCGGAAGACAAGUUUUCGUAGACUGGUCAAUUCCAGUUCAAGAAUACGACGCGAAUGUUCUGGAAAACGUGAAGAUUAUUUUCCUACGUGGCCUUUCUGUUUCUGAUGCAUCAAAAUGGAAAUUCAGACAGACUUUAUACGAACUUUUAGAUAAAACGAACAUCGAGAAGGUUUACACACACAGAGAUUACGCUUUUGUUCAUUUUGUAUCCAAACAAGUGGCAGAACUCUCUUUAGGAAAGCUAAAAGACUUUUAUUCCGGAUCUCAAGUGGAAGUGAUGUGGGCUAAUCCUCCAAGCAAAUUCAGCCAUCGAUCAUUUCGACAAAAAGCUUCAAUUUAA